CUUCCUCCCUGUCACCUCUUCCUCUUCGCUCCCUCUCUUUCCUUCCAAUCCCUUCCUCUCACUCUGCUUCUCCACUUUCGGGGUUCUAGAGCCGGACCGCUUUCAGUGCGCUUCGUAUCCCACAGCUGUCGGAUAGUGCUACUCCUCUAAUCAGUUUGGUCCAGUAGAGAAGGAGAAAAAGAAGAAAAUCCAAGAUGGACGCGAUCAAGAAGAAGAUGCAGGCCAUGAAAAUGGAGAAGGACACAGCUAUGGACAAGGCCGACACCUGCGAGGGUCAGGCCAAGGAUGCCAACAUGAGGGCUGACAAGGUCCUUGAAGAUGUCCGUGAGCUGCAGAAAAAAUUGACCCAAGUUGAGAGUGACCUUGAACUCAACAAGAAGAACCUCGACCAAUCCAACAAGGACCUCGAAGAGAAGGAGAAGUCCCUCACACAGGCUGAGAGCGAGGUGGCUGCCCUGAACAGGAAGGUGCAGAUGAUUGAGGAGGACCUGGAACGGUCUGAGGAGAGAUCCGGAACUGCACAGACCAAACUGGCUGAGGCGUCACAGGCAGCCGAUGAGUCAUCACGUAUGUGCAAGGUGUUGGAAAACCGUAGCCAGCAGGACGAGGAGAGGAUGGACCAACUGACCAAUCAGCUGAAGGAAGCCCGACUCCUGGCUGAGGACGCUGACGGAAAAUCCGACGAAGUAUCACGGAAGCUGGCCUUCGUUGAAGACGAACUGGAAGUCGCUGAAGACCGUGUGAAAUCUGGAGACUCGAAGAUCAUGGAACUCGAAGAAGAAUUGAAGGUCGUCGGAAACAGCUUAAAAUCUCUGGAAGUAUCAGAAGAAAAGGCUAACCAGAGAGUGGAAGAAUACAAGCGCCAGAUCAAGACCCUGACAGUCAAGCUGAAAGAGGCUGAGGCCCGCGCCGAAUUCGCAGAGAAAUCCGUCAAGAAAUUGCAGAAGGAGGUUGACAGGCUUGAGGAUGAGCUCGGUCUCAACAAGGACAGAUACAAGUCUCUGGCUGACGAGAUGGACUCCACCUUCGCUGAAUUGGCCGGUUACUAAACCACCGUUAACUUUAACCGAGAUCAAUCUCUCUUCUUUCAGAAUGCUUUCAUCGUUUUCUCUUAUCCACAUCCAAAUUUUUUCUAUCGCGUUUUCUUUGUCAUUUCGUCAAACAUAAAAAAUCUACUUGGAUCUUCCUGGAACUUCUUGGAUCUUCUUGGAUUCUCCUGGAAUUGCUUGAGUCUUCUUGGGAGUUCUUGAAUCUUCUAGGAUUGUCUUGGAGCUUCUUGGAUCUUCUUGGGUUCUCCUGGAACUUCUUGGAUUUUCUUGGAUCUCCUCUUGGAUCCAUCUUGAACUUCUUGGAUCUUCUUGGAUCUCCUCUUGGAUUCUCCUGAAACUCCUUGAAUCUUCUUGGAUUCUCCUUGAACUUCUUGGAUCUUCUUGGAUCUCCUCUUGGAUUCUCCUUGAACUUCUUGGAUCUUCUUGGAUCUCCUCUUGGAUUCUCCUGGAUCUUCUUGGAUUUUCCUGGAUCUUCUCUUGGAUUCUCCUGGAACUUCUUGGAUUUUCUUGGAUCUCCUCUUGGAUUCUCCAGGAACUUCUUCAAUCUUCUUGGAUCUCCUCUUGGAUUCUCCUGAAACUUUAAGACUUCUUGAAUCUUCUUGGAUCUUCUUGGAUCUCCUCUUGGAUUCUCCUGGAACUUCUUGAAUCUCCUUGGAUCUCCUCUUGGAUUCUCCUGGAUCUUCUUGAAUUCUCUUGGAUUCUCCUGGAACUUCUUGAAACUUCUAAGAUCCUCUAGGAUCUUCUUGAAUAUUCUUGGAUCCAAGUGAAUCUCAGUGUAUAUUCAAUUCCUCAACCCUCUACUAGAGGACUAAUCAAUCAGAUCUAUUUCUAUCAAUAAUAUCAUAGCACUACAUCAAUAACUAGGAAUAAUAAUAUUAUUUAUAAGAUAUAAGAUAACAAAUAUUUGAUAAUACCAACAAAAAGGUGUGAGAGCUGAAAAUAUAUACAUUGAGAACCAUCAUCAAAAAGAAUUGAUCAUACAUAUUUUAUGUGAGAUAAAAUUACAUCAAGAUGAGAGAAGAUUAUGAUCAAUAAGAUAUGAUUGUUGCAUUGAGUUAUCUAUAUUAUAAUAAAGGAAAAAACUUGCUUAUACAUGUAGUGGAUAGGAAAUUCACGAAUGACGCAUCAUCACUUCUCAACUACUCAACUGAUCAACUUGAAAUCUUGGAUAUUGAUUCAUAAUUUAUCAAGGAUUGUUAUACGCACGUAGGGGAUAGGAAAUACACGAAUGACGCAUCAUCACGUCUCAACUACUCAACUGAUUUACUUGAAAUUUUGGAUAUUGAUUCAUAAUUUACCAAGGAUGGUUAUAGGCCUAUUUUCAAUCCAGAAUAGGUCAAGUUUACAGGUAGACACUCGCGGAGCACGGGUUACGAGCUAGUUAUACAUGUAAUUUAGAGUGUAAGUCUCAAAAUUUUUAGAACUGGGAUGAUAAAGAAAGUGGGUCUCAAUAUGAAUAAGAUACACAGGAGAUCAUUGUAUUGGAAUUAAUAUUAUCAUCGAAAAUAGUACUGAAACCAAAAUAAAUGGGAUUCUAUGAUCCUAGAAAAUUGACAACAUAGGUUUUGACAACAUCAACAUAAUUAUUCACAUAAAGUGGGUCUCAAUAUGAAUUGGAUACACAGAAGAUCAAUGUAUUGGAAUUAAUAUCAUCAUCAAAAAUAGUACUGAAACCAAAAUAAAUGGGAUUCUAUGAUCCUAGAAAAUUGACAACAUAGUUUUUGACAACAUCAACAUAAUUAUUGUUGAUGACAAAAUCAAUAAUUAAUUAACAAUAUAGUUUUGUUGAUGAUAUUAUGUGUUCCCCCCUUCUAGAGAUUAGUUCCCUCUCCCCUCAAUAAUAUAUAUAUUAAGCCAAAUUAUACCUAGAGUUUAGUCGAUUUAGAAUAACUUAUUCAAGCAGUCGGUAACCGAUUGUUCAUCUCUAGUCUUUCUUGGUGGUUAUUUGAUUUUAACUUGUUUGUUUUUUGAGUAGUUUAGAGACUUUAAACUUUAAUUAAAUUCGAUCACCAUCUAGUCAAAAUGAGUGUUAAUAAUCUUAGCUUCUUGUUUUCUUAGACAUUUUGACCCGGUUGCACAAAAGCUGGUUAAACUUUAACCGAGAUUAAUUCCAGGAGAACCAAGCCGUCAAUCUUAGCCUCUUGUUUUCUUAGACACUUUGGCCCCGUUGCACAAAAUCUGGUUAAACUUUAACCGUGAUUAAUUCCACGAGAACCAAGCAUGAUUGGUUCCCGUGGAAUUAAUCACGGUUAAAAUUUGACCAGCAACCAAUCAGAGAAGCCGUAUUUUCUAAACGGGUCUCGUGAAAUUGAUCACGGUUAAAAUUUGACCAGCAACCAAUCAGGGAAGCCGUCUUUUCUAAACGGGUCUCGUGAUAUUAAUCACGGUUAAAACUUAACCAGCUUUUGUGUAACUGGCAAUUUGAGUUGAAAAUCUAUCAGUAGUUGUUACAGUUUUUUUCUGUAGCUGUUUUUUCGUUUAAUACAGUUUUUUCUCUCUAUUUAGAUUUUUUCUUUCGUUUAAUACAUUUUUUUCUCCCUAUUUAUCUAGGAAAUGUAUUUUUGACAAUGAUGCACUAACAGCCCAAUUUAUUUAGAACUAGUUACCUUUUGAAUUUACCCCUAACACUUAAUGCGUGCUACUCUAUAUCUAUUUAUGUUAUAUUGAUAAAUGCACUACAAUGGUUUAAUUAUCAUCAUUAUUACUAUAUAUAUAUAUAUAAUAUUACGACGAAUUGUAUUGUUGGGAAUAAUUUUAAAUAACAUUUUAUUAUAUAUUAUAUUUUGAAUGUAUAAAUAUUUUAAGCUCAGUAAUAGUGUUGUAUGGAUGUUUGAGUGGGAAAAUAUUAUAAUAGUUAUAAAUAUUAUAAAUAACUUAUUAAUUAUUAUAGAUUAAUCGAUCGUGUAUAACAUCGCCCUUGAUCGAAGCUUUAUUUAGAUAAAUAUAUAUUUAUUUUUGUUGUUAUCUAAUUGUAGAUUAGUUUAAGUUAUAACUCCAGCUGUUCAUAAAUCUAAACAUAAUAACAUCAAUAAUAUUUUGUGCUAGAAAAUAUCAAUGUGCCAUAAUAUUCUAGCAUUAUUCUUGUUGCCAGUAGAUGGUUCGGAUAACACCUAAAUUUAUGGUAAUAACAACUUAUUUAUGAACUUGGAAUUUGUGAAUAUGUAGCUCAUGUCUUGUGAGAGAGAUUCAUCCCAGUAAUAAAUUGAAAUUAUAUUCCAAUUACAAUCUACUGCAAAACAUCUGAAGCAGCUUCAUAUUGAGACUAGUGUAUGGUUGUCCUACAAACCGUAUCCGUAUCAGUAUCUGUAUCCGUUAUUGUCCUUGAAACAGUAUCUGUAUAACUAUCCAGAUCCGUAUCCGUAUCAGUGUCAGUAUCAGUAUCCAUAUAAGGGUGUGUGUCAGUAAUAUCAAUAUCAAUAUCAGUAUCAGUAUCAGUGUCAGUAUCAGUAUCGGUAUCGGUAUCAGUAUCAGUAUCCGUAUCAGUAUCAGUAUCAGUGUCGGUGUCGGUGUCAGUAUCAGUAUCAGUAUCAGUAUCACUAUCAGUAUCAGUAUCAGUAUCAGUAUAAGUAUCAGUAUCAGUAUCAGUAUCAGUAUCAGUAUCAGUAUAUGUAUCUGUAUCAAUAUAAGUAUCAGUAUCAGUAUCAGUGUCAGUGUCAGUAUCAGUAUCCGUAUCAGUAUCCGUAUCUGUAUCCGUAUCAGUAUCAGUAUCAUUAUUGGUAUUCAUAUCAGUAUCAGUAUCCGUAUCAGUAUCAGUAUUGUUAUCAGUAUCUGUAACCGUAUCUGUAUCAGUAUACAUUUAAGUGUACAUAUCAGUGAUAUUACUAUCAAUAUCAGUAUCAGUAUACAUAUAAGUGUACAUAUCAGUGAUAUUACUAUCAGUAUCAGUUUCAGUUUCAGUAUCAGUAUACAUAUAAGUGUACAUAUCAGUGAAAUUACUAUCAAUAUCAGUAUCAGUUUCAAUAUCAGUGUCAGUAUCAGUUUCAAUAUCAGUGUCAGUAUCAGUAUCAGUAUCAUUAUCAUUAUUAGUGUCCGUAUCAGUAUCAGUAUGAGAACAGUAACUAAUAAAACCUGUAUGAUUUUUGUAAGAUUUGCUUGAAACUCUAAAAAUUUAGAUGAUUAUAUUAUUAUCUAUUGAUAGCUAAUGAUUUCAAUAUAAUAUCUUGUUUGAAAAUAUAUGAAGUCCCAAACUUUUUGAACAGCUAUAAAGUUUUCCUUAUGGAAGAGUGAUUCAUCUGUCUCAAUGUACCAAUGUCUCAUUGUCUCCUGUCAAUCGAUUUCAAUGUAUCAAUGUAUCAUUAUAUCCUGUCAAUCGAGUUCAGUGUAUCAAUGUAUCAUUAUAUCCUGUCAAUCGAGUUCAAUGUAUCAGUGUCUCCUGUCAAUCGAGUUCAAUCUAUCAAUGCCUCAGUGCCUCCAGUUAUUUGAGUUUUGUUUCUACGAUCAGCCUAUCUUUUAUUAUUCUAGUAUUGUCAUUUAUUUUUGAUUUAGUGGUAUGGAAUUUGAUGAUGUUUAAUUUCCAAUUGAAAUGAUAUAAUAAUAUUGAUCAAUAAACCUGUAUAUGAUUUGUUGAAUAUUGCAAUAAGAGGAAUAAUAUUCUGACUCAACGCUGAUGAGAUAUUAAUAUUUUGUGAAAUAUAAUGAAGGUUUCACUCAAAAUGUUA